GUGUAGCAUGUUCAGUGUUUAAAGUGGCAAGGAAGUUUACCUUGGCAAAUUACGCUUGUUCAUUCGUAUUUGCAGUAAGUUUGCUGUUUCGGAUCGUGUGUAUAUGAACUGAAAUUUCUAUGUGAAUUGUCAAAUGGCUUUGUAAGUCACUAUCUGUAUAAAAAUGACGGCUCCUACGAAACCUUGGGAAGUGACAGGUAUAAAUACUCGUAUGGCAGCUACUCCAAGUAUACAAAAUGUCACGAAUUACAGUAGGUUACAAAGUUCACCAACAGUUCCUACUGUACUAAAUGUACCAUCUUGUACACCAUUGAAUGUGAGAAGAGUUCGAACUGUGCCAGUUCCUCCUCCACGCCCUCAAGGGCCAAUACUCAGACAGAAUUAUAUUCCAAAUAACACUCACUAUUUGCCAUAUGCAUCAUAUGGAAGUUAUGGAACCAGUUAUGGUGGUUAUUCAGGAAUUGGUGGUUAUGGGAGUACUUAUGGAGGGUAUGGUUCAUAUGGAGGUUAUGGGACGAACCGUUUUGGACAUAAUUUCCCAGAAAAUGAUCCAGAAAGCAGAUUUAUUCAGAUGGUUGAAGAAAGUUCUCGUCCAGCAUUCCAGUCAAUUGAGUCACUUGUCCAUGCAUUUGGCUCUGUUAGCUUCAUGAUGGAAUCAACAUUCAAUGCAGUCUAUAGCUCAUUUCAAGCAGUAUUGGGUGUUGCAGAGAACUUUGGUCGAUUGAGGACCAUGUUUGGACAGUUUUUUUCAACAUUUGCCGUGUUACGAACCCUUCAGUGGUUGUAUAAAAAGUUGCUGUAUUUAAUAGGCUUGAGACAAGAGAAUCCUGGACGUGAAGCAAUUUGGCGUCAGGCAGUAGCUGGUACAUCUGAACUGCCUACUGGGAUGAAUUCAAAAGAUACUCGAGCAUCAUGGCCAAUCGUUAUGUUCGUUGGCAUUUUGUUCAUUGGGCCAUAUCUUGCAUGGAAACUGAUAAGUUCUCUGAGCACUUUUCAGUCUAUCAAUCCAUACAACACAAGAGAAUGGAAGGAAAGCAAAGAUGUCAGCUGCCCGGCAGUUGCCUUAUAUGACUUCACAGCUGCCUCGGAAAAGGAACUCGGCUUUAAUGCUGGACAGACUAUGACACUAGCACCCAAAGAACUGCAGCCUCAAGGUGCAAGGGGUUGGCUGCUUGCUACACUUGAUGGCACCAGAGUGGGGUAUAUUCCAUAUAAUUACAUAAGAAUCUUAUCUGCUACAAAAGAGGCAGCUGCUCACACUGUUGGAGGUGCGACAGUUCCUGUACAGAGUGCAACAGUUGAUUCAGAUCAAGAUGCUCAUACAAUGAGUGCCCCAUGUCAUCAUCACAUUCCUCAGAGUGGUAUUGAUCUCCCAACACAGACAGCAUGGAUACCCCAAGAGGAGGAACCUACUCCAGUGGUAAUUUUGAACCCUACAGAUAUAUGUAAUUCUCAGAAGUCAUCAUAAACUUCUUUAGUUUUUAUUGUGGCUAAAAAGGGAUUACUGUUUUAACUUAAGUAAUGAUACAAUUUACCAUCUUACAAAGCCUGGUCACUUCAAGUUUCAUGAAAUGUGGGAAGUGUAUUAUAUAUCUAGAUGAAGUACUAACAUAUGCUUAAAGGUUUGUUUUGUUUAUAUUAGUAUUGAGAAAGUGACUUGCCUGCUUCACAAAACACCAAAGAACUAAAUGCUUUUUUUCCCCCUUUGUUUCGAAUUUGGGGGAAAAAUUGAGACAGUUGAUUCAUAAUUUUGGAAUACAUGAAGUUUGGCCAUCCUGGUAUUAAGUUAUAUUCCUACAGAUGUCUUGCAUUAUGAAAUUGCAUAAUUUUGAGAAAGGUGUUUUUAUAUUAAAGCCAGAUUCACAUUGAAUUCAGUUUAAUGCCUCACAUAGUGUGGAGCCUGGAAGUUUGAUGAAUCCUGCAGUGAAAAUAUUGUUUUGAUAAAACACACUGAGUGACAGAGAUGUAGUAGCUACAGCUUGCAGAUCAUUCCCUUCUAUAUUUUUGGACUGUAUGAAGGACAUUAAAGUGUUGUUUGAUAGAAAUAAAAUACUCCCUUUCCUUAUUUCCUUUAGCCAUUGACUGUAAACUUGUUUAAAAUGUUUUACAAUCAAAAUAAUAUGAGCUUCCAUUUAAUAGGAUAUAUCUGAAAGUAACUUGACUGGAGACAAGCAUUAGUUCCAUUCCCAUUUCUCCUGUAAUCCAUUAGCAUUUCCUAAAUGCAAUAAAGUAUCAAAGUAGAAUUAGAAUUUAUAAUUAAUGGGGUUAGACAGAUUCACUGUUGGUAUACUUUGUUGUAUUUGUGUUGUAUCUAUAUGUGCUGCUAAUAGAAACUGAGAAUAUAUAAAAUUAAUGGGGGCAUCUUAAAGAUAGACCAUAUAUUCAACAAUCCAUAGUACUGUACAUAAGAAUCUUGGAUGUGUAAAUGCAUAACAGUUCAAUAUUCUGAUUUUAGAGGGCCAACAUAACUAAUGUAUUUGUAGUUAAUGUUUUUAUAUACAUAUAUUUGCGAAUUUAUGCAAGAAGCAUUAACUUUUUCAUACGGAAAAAGGGAUUUAAAUCCUUCUGCUACAGGGCUACUAGAUGGUGGACUUUGUCUGCCAUUAAUGGUUCAGAGCAGGGGUUCUCACCCUUUUUCACUGGCAUACCACUAAUUCUAAUUGAACACAUCAAAUGUACCUCUAACCAAAUGUGUUCAGGGAAAACAUAUUUAUGUUAUUAUUAUCAUUUGAUUUUCUUACUUUUUUCGCAUACCAUAUGUUGAGAAAUGCUGGUUUAGAGUAUGCCACAUUUUGUUUUGCAGUGGAAUUUCUUGUAUUAUACAUUAAAAACUGUGACAAAAUAGGUAUUCAUAUUCCAUAUUACUAAAUUGUGAAACUAUGUUCCUAUGAAUAGUCAAAUACAACUUAUGUAAACUGUUAUACAAAUAGGACAUUUCACUGUUAUGUUGUACAUUUUUACCUUCCAUGGGGAAUUUAUCGACUGCUGGUUCUAAUACCAUGUUAGUUUUCAUCAUCAAGAAGUGUAUACUUAGUGUUAGAAUGGAUAACAGUGAAAAACCAGUAGUUAUAUUAAUGUGGGGCUGAUUGAAGGUCAUUCAAAACCAGCCUCGCUUUCAAGUUUUAUCACAUGUGGCAGCUCAGAUUGAAUUAUACCUCUGUAUAAUGAAUAGCAGUGUUUUGCAUAUGUAAAAAUGUUUUCUGCAGAGUCAUUCUGGGCAUCUCUAUAAUUAGCUGUAACCUCCAUUUCACCAGAUGCUGUUGGGGAGAGGGAAGUUCAAAGAAUAAUUAUUGUAGGUGGUCAGCUUACUCCCUCAAAUUCAAGUCUGAAUUUGGAUAUUUUUCUGUUGAACAUGUAACCAUUCACGUUUGUAUAGUGGUUGAUUUUAUGUCUUUCUUCUCUGAUACUGAUUUGUACUUUAUCACACACUAAAUGUUGAAGUACUGUUCUUCCA